UUCUGAAGUGUCAUAUUUCAAUUUCAUAUUCAAACUAUCACGUUGGUGAGGUGGUGAAAAAGAGAUGCAGGUAAAAGGUAAAAAUAAAAGCCAAAAACAAAAACAAAACAAAACAGGGCCUGCGGCUCCUGCCAGUGCCAGCAGCAAUAGAAUUUCUGUGGACAUAAAAAUUGAGAAUUGACACGUGUCAGAAGAGCAUCAGCUGACGUGGCUCUCUCCAACGGCCUCAAAAGUCCAACUUCCCCACAGUUCAAACUGCUUUUUUUCUGCCUCCUCCGCGGCUCCGCCGUAUAUAAAUAACCCACACAAGGCAACCCAGCCCACCUCUGUUCUAUUUCUUGCUUGUCAUCUCUGCUUCUUUUAUCCCAUUAUUCCUCCGACGCUGCCGGCGCCGAUGCCCAGAAAAGGCAUGAGGAGCCUCUUCUUCUCCGCCAAAUCGUCCCCAACGACGGCGGCCGCAGCGUUGGGGACGGCCUCCUGGUCGUUGUCGUCCUUUCCCUCCACCCCGCGCCGCGCUUUCUCCGUAAUCGAUCAAAUCAUUGAGGCCGCUCAGGCCAUGGUAACCAAGUGGAACCCUGACACCUCCACCUACAUGAAGGUCACUUCGCUCUUCCAUGAAAACCGCCGCGAAGCCAAGGAAUUCCUCAAAUGCGUCACUGACUUGCAGAAAGCGAUGCAUCUGGUGGCCUCCGACAACACCUCCUCUGAUCGACUCGUUCGCGCCCAGGGAUUGAUGCAAGUAGCGAUGAAGCGACUGCAGAAGGAGUUUUACCAGAUUCUGUCCAUGAACCGGGCCCAUCUGGACCCUGAAUCCGUGUCGGCACGAUCCUCGCGCGUGUCCACGCAAUCAAGCACGUCAGAUUGCGAUGAGGACGUCGGGACGGAGGACGAGAUUCGCGCCGCAGGAGAUUCCAUCUCGGAGGUGGAGCAGGUCUCUGCCAAUGCCAUGGCGGACCUGAGGUCAAUCGCGGAGUGUAUGAUGGCGGCUGGGUACGGAAAAGAGUGCGUUCACAUUUACAAGACUAUUCGGAAGUCCAUCGUCGAUGAAGGUAUUUAUCGUCUCGGCGUUGAGAAAUUGACUUCGUCGCAAGUUCACAAGAUGGAUUGGGAGGUGUUGGAGCUGAGGCUCAAGAGCUGGUUGGAUGCCAUGAAGAUCGCCGUGAAGACUCUGUUCACUGGAGAGAGAAUCCUCUGUGAUCAUAUCUUCGCGGCCUCCGACUACAUCAGGGAGUCCUGCUUUACUGAAAUUUCCAAGGAAGGAGCCAUGACUCUGUUCAGAUUCCCCGAAAUCGUCACCAAAAGCAAGAAAUCGCCGGAAAGAGUGUUUCGGAUGCUUGACCUCUACGCUGCGAUUGCCGAACACUGGACGGAGAUAGAGUCGAUCUUUUCUUUCGAAUCAACCUCAGCGAUCCAAUCGCAGGCGCUCAAGUCGCUCCAGAGACUCGGCGAAGCAGUGCGCACAAUGCUUUCCGAUUUCGAGUCUGCUAUUAACAAAGAUUCCUCGAAAACACUUGUCGCCAACGGUGGAGUACAUCCUCUGACUGUCAACGCGAUGAAUUACCUCUCUCUUCUAGCCGACUACAGCAGCGUCAUCACUGACAUAGUCGCCGACUGGUCGCCUCCGGCGAAGUCUCAACUACCAAACACUUACUCCGAGUCUUCAGACUCGGACGACGCGCCGGCACCAGUGAUCUCCCUCCGAUUGGCUUGGCUCGUUCUCGCGCUCCUCUGCAAGCUCGACGGCAAAGCGAAGCACUACAAAGACGUCUCCUUAUCGUAUCUCUUCUUGGCGAAUAAUCUCCAGCACGUCGUCUUCGUUGUCCGCACGUCGAAUCUCCGGUACCUCCUCAGCGACAAGUGGACGGCAAAGCAGGAAGCCAGAAUCCAGCAAUUUACCACCAACUACGAACGGUCAGGAUGGAGCCAAGUUUUUUCCUCGUUGCCGGAGGAAGCAACGGCGGCACUCUCGCCCGAUCGAGCCAAAGCCUGCUUCAAGAAAUUCAACUGCGAGUUCGAGCAUGCGUAUCGGAAACAAUCGUUGUGCGUUGUACCGGAUUCCAAACUCCGAGACGAGAUAAAGGACUCUAUCGCGAGAAAAAUUGUCCCGGCAUAUCGGGCGUUCUACGACACACACAGGAUUACGCUGGGAACCAAGAGGGAUUUGGAGUGCGUGGUCCGGUAUACCCCUGACGAACUGGAGAAUUACUUGUCGGAUCUAUUUUUCGGAAUGGACGAUCCGGCGUGUGCGUCGUCGCCUUCUUCGUCGCCGUCGCAUGGACGGAAUUCGUGGUCCCGGUGAGAGACGACGAGUAUUUUUGUCCAGAAGAUUGCGGCCAUUCAUUGUUCAUGCGUGUAUAUGUGUCGCAUCGAUGAUUUUCGCGUAGAAAAAUGCAGGAUGAUUUUCUUUUUCUUUUUUAUAUAACAUAUUUAUAUAUUCCAUAAAUAAUGUUUGUAGUUUCUCAUAUUUUUUGGGCGAGAUGAUUAGUGAUGGCUUUAUAUCAAAAGCAUUGAAAUCUA